CGCCCGAACCGCACGCGUCUUUCCAACCGUGCCAGUCAACUGAACGCCGCCGCCGCCGGGGAAUCAAGGCGACCAACCACCGAGGCGCCGCCGGCCGCCAGGAUGCAGUCGCUACAGGACAAGGCGUCGGAGUGGAGCGGCGUGGCGGCGGGCGACGCCUUCGCCAUCGACGACGCCAACGUCUUCGAGGCGCUCGGCGGCACCACGCAGCCCUUCGUCGACCUCUCCACAAAUUUCUACACCAGGGUGUAUGAGGACGAGGAGGAGUGGUUCCGGGAGAUUUUCUCGGGGUCGAAGAAGGAGGACGCAAUCCAGAACCAGUACGAGUUCUUGGUGCAGCGGAUGGGCGGCCCGCCGCUCUUCUCCCAAAGGAGAGGACAUCCUGCCUUGAUAGGACGACAUCGACCAUUCCCAGUCACCCACCGAGCUGCAGAGCGAUGGCUGCACCACAUGCAGCAAGCUCUGGAUAGUACUGAAAGUAUAAACUCAGAUACAAAAGCGAAGAUGAUGUAUUUUUUCAGGCAUACUGCAUACUUCCUAGUUGCGGGUAAUGAGAUGACAAGGCAAGCCCAAGGAGCACCACCCUGCAAACAUGCAACUAGCAAACCAGCUGAGUAAUCGUCCAAAGCUUACAUGUUGAAUAAUGGAUUCAGCUCCCCUUCUUCUAUAGAAUGCUCAUGUACAACAUGAUCAAAGCUAUCUUUGCGAUGUCACUGACUGUUUUAGGGGCAUAGCCUACCCACCCUUUAGCAGAGAGCAACUCAGAGCUGAUAAAAUUUCUUACUGGGUUGUAUUCUCUGCUUGCCUUUCUCAGCUCCUACUGCAUGUUUGAGCGCAAGUAGUCUGCUUGUCUUUUGAGGAAGCACUGCUAUGUACCGUAAUUGGUCUCGUGCUACUCUAUUCAAUACUAGAUGAAACAAUGGUGAUCACAUCAAAUAUCAGCCUAGACUUAUAUGUGUGUUUCGUCGUGGGACAUUGACACAUUGUGAUCCAAUCUUAGUCUAGAAAUCAUUUGUACAAGUAAUUCUUCCAUACUAUUUGCCGUUACGGUUUGUCCUGCCGUCUUUGGUGCUCAUAUAGUCUCUGGUUUGCAAACCUCAGUCCAUGUGUGGCUUUGCUUAAUGAAUAUUUAAUUUCCAUA